CGGUCGACACUGUCCAGGGCCGGGUAUCAUGGCGACGUACGUAGACAUCCUGAAGACAGAGUUUCCCGAGAUCGACACGGAGCUUUUCGACUACAUCACAGGUGUUCUGGACAGCAGCUCCACAGACUUCGAGGAUGGCGAGGAGGUGUAUGAUGCCGUCGGUGGCCUCCUGCAGGAUGUGUCGGCGGACAGUAAAAACGAGGAUGACGUCAGAGACAUCUGCCUCCAGAUGUUCAACAGCCUCAAACUGAACAACCAUCGCCAGUCGCAGAAGCAGAUGCUCCUGGACGCUCCGGUCCAGCUGUCUCAGAUGUCUGCAGACUCCGUGUCAGCAGUCAAAGACGUUCAGGGGAUCUGGAUGAUGAAACGUCCUCAAAACACGACAGUCGAUGCCAAGAGGUUGGAGAAAGCCGAAGCCAAGCUGAAAGCUAAAACCGAGCGCCGUAACGAGAAGGACUCUCAGAAAAUCUCCGGUCCACUAGUCCUGGAGGAGGCAUCUGCCAGUCAGGCGAGCAACAAAAAGGACAAUCGGGUUGAUCAAUCGGGAAAGAACCGGAGCUACGACAUUCGGAUAGAAAACUUUGACGUUUCCUUUGGAGAAAGGUGUCUGCUUCAGGGGGCGGAGCUAUGUCUGGCGUCAGGCCGUCGGUAUGGUCUGAUUGGUCGAAACGGUCUGGGGAAGACAACGCUGCUGAAGAUGCUGGCGAGUCGGAACCUCCGCGUGCCGGUGCACAUCUCCAUCCUGCACGUGGAACAGGAAGUGGCGGGAGAUGAGACGAUGGCGCUGCAGAGCGUCCUGCAGAGCGACACUCUGCGAGAGGACCUGCUGGACGAGGAGCGGCGGUUGAACGCUCGUAUCGCCAACGGAACAGCCGACGGGAUGGAGAGCGUCCGGCUGUCAGAGAUUUACGGUAAACUGGAGGAGAUUGAAGCUGACAAAGCCCCAGCCCGAGCCUCUGUCAUCCUGGCUGGUCUUGGAUUCUCUCCCAAAAUGCAACAACAGGCCACCAAGUGA